AUGUGUAACGGUGUAAUAUAUGUUACAAAAUAUAAAAGAAUAUUUCAAUAUUUUAUAUUAUUUUAUUUAAUAUAUAUAUUUCAUACAAAAUCAAUUCGACGAUCGGAUGUGUGCAAUCGAUUUUUAGUUAUAAAUGAUUGUGAUUAUUUUCCCUGUUUGGAUGCUCAAUAUCCAUGUGGACGUGAUAGUCAUUUAACAAGGUUUAGUUAUGAUUUAUGUUUAUUAUCAACAAAAAAAUAUGUUUCUCAACUAACCAAAAAUGCCCAAAUUUAUUUUAAUCAUACAAAUACAUGUGUUAUGAAAUCUAUAAAUGAUCAAUUAAUUGAACAACGAAUAUCAGGAAAAUUUACUUGUACAGAUUUACAUGAAUUAAUAUUUCAAAAUUAUCUUUCUUGUUUUCAAAAUAAACAACGAGAUCAACAAUUAGUUACAAUGAUUGAUUUUUGUUCAAUUAUGUGUGAAAAUUUACAAACAAUGAUUAAUUUAUUUUUAAAUUUAAAUAAUGAAUUUUUUAAUUUUUAUCAUUUAUUAAUGGAUACGGGGAAGAAUUGUGGAGCAAACAUACAUGAGGGAAUAAUACCAACUAUACCAUCUAUACUUAUGGCUAUUUGUUUAGAUAGAAAAAAUGUACGAUUAAAACAAGAUAUAACUAGUGUUAUGUUUAAUCCAAGAUAUGAACCAACUGAUUAUGAUUGGACAACAGAAUGA